UUGUAACAUAGCCCUUAUUUUCAGGGAAACCCCUUUCUUCCAAUUUCAUUUCGGCCCCGCCUCUAUACUAUUAUUCCAUUGCCCCGUCACUCCUCCCUCUCUCUUCCGUCCAUACCCACUCGCCGACGACAACUACUGGCGGCCGGCAAAACGCGAUUCCAGCGGCUUGAUGACCGUUUCCGAUGAACGGCGGCAGAAAAUUGCAUGCCUCUGGGUUGUUUACAUUCGUCUUCCCUGGUCCUCGCCAGUUUCGCUUUCUCAGUCACUCAACCAAUUCUGCGACUUUCUCUCUGCCUCUUUUGCUUUCAACCUCUUUCCUUCGCUACCCUUCCAUUGUUUGCAUUCGAUUUCUCUCUCUCUUGUUUUCAGAAAUUUCGCUGACCUGAUGUUCAUCCACUUUAGAAAAGUAGUGACUCCAUUGAAACCCAAGCUCUCAAAUUCCCUCACCAAGCUUUACUCCCAUCUGCCAUUGAAAUUGAAGCAUUCGCCUCUGCUCAACCUUCCGUCUCAACAUUCUCCAGAAACCCUCACAAGGUCCCAACUCAAGGCUCUAGUUCUCAGCCGUUUCUCCCAGGGCAAGUUCUUCGACCUUUUUCAAAAUGUUGUUGCCUCUCCUUCUGUUCUUCUCACUGCCUCCCAAAACCUCAUCACUUCGCCACUCAGUAAUGCCCCCGAUUCCUUACCCCUUUUCGAUUUGGUCUCCAAUUGCUUUUCGGUCGAGGUCAUGGCUCGGGAGCUCUCCGAAAAUCGUUUCGAUGUUGGAGCUUGCUGUGUUCGGAUGGUAUCAUUGGAAGGGAAAGGUGAGUCUCUUGUCUUACCGAAUUUGAAAUUGAAGGUCUUAAUCGAGGCGAUUAGGAUGGUGUUUGAAAUUGUUUAUGAUGAACGAUUUGUAACGUUCUCUUAUGGUGGGCGUGUCGGUAUGGGGCGACACACUGCGAUUAGAUACCUGAAAAACUCGGUGCAAAACCCUAGCUGGUGGUUUACAGUUGCAUUUCGUCACAAAAAGUUUGAAUCUGUACAUGUAGAUACGUUGUGCUUAUUGAUGGAAGAGAAAAUUAAGGAUGAUAUUUUGAUUAAUAUGUUAAGGAAACUGUUUGAAUUGGAAGCAAUUCAAAUUGAAUUAGGUGCUUGUUAUUUAGGAAGGGGUUUACCUCAGGAAAGUAGUUUGUGUUCUAUCUUGUUUAAUAUAUACUUCAAUGGCUUUGAUAAAGAAAUUCAACAAAUACGUCUCCAAAAAAAUGAAGAAAAUCCUAAGUUCAGUCUGGACGAGAUUGUUUCUUUUCAUAAUCCGGUGAAAAUAUAUGCUGUUAGAUAUCUUGAUGAGAUAUUAGUUAUAACGUCAGGAUCGAAGAUGCUAACAAUGGAGUUGAAAAGUCAAGUGCUAAAGUAUUUAGAAGGGAAUUUAGAAUUAGAAGUGGAUCGAAUGAAUACUGCAAUUCAUAGUGCUGUCUCAGAGAAAAUUAGUUUCUUAGGAAUGGAACUACAGGCAGUAGCACCUUCAGUUCUGCAUCCACCGAUGUCAGAGAAGGCAAUUAGGGCAAGGAAGAAGUACCUUAGACAGAAGGAAGUUAGAGCAAUAGAAUUGAGAAAUGCCCGUGAGAGAAACAGGAAAAAAUUGGGAUUAAAGAUAUUGAGUCACGUGUUCAAGAAAUUGAAGCAAACUAGUGGGUUUAAAUCUGAAUUCCGAAUCGAGAAGGAAGUUAGAGAUAUCUUCAGAAAGUGGGCCAAUGAAGUGGUGCAAGAUUUCUUUCAGUCCUUUGAAGAUCAUGCGGAGUGGCACCGUGAGCUGUCAGCAGGUGAUUUCCUCUCUUUAAAACACAUAAGAAAUCAAUUGCCAGAAGAUCUAGUGAAUGCUUAUGAUAGGUUUCAAGAUCAGAUAGACAAGCACUUGAAUCCUGUAAAGGUUAAAAAGGAAAAGGCUCGGGAGGAUGAAGAGAAAAGAGUGGAGGAAGAAGAACUAUAUGCUAAAAGAACAGUUGAGGACUUAACAAGGCUAUGCAUCAAAGUCGAUGCUCCUAUAGAGCUUGUUAGGAAGGCAGUCAAGAUGGUUGGGUUUACAAAUAAAAUGGGUCGUCCUCGGCCAAUCAGCUCGCUCAUUGCUCUUGAAGACACUGAUAUUAUCAAGUGGUAUUCCGGUGUAGGAAGACGGUGGUUAGACUUCUUUAGCUGUUGUCAUAACUAUAAGAUGGUCAAAACUGUUGUAACUUACCACUUAAGGUUUUCUUGUAUUUUGACAUUGGCAGAAAAGCAUGAAUCAACCAAACGGGAAGCCAUGAAACAUUACAGUAAGGAUUUGAAAGUCUAUGAUCUGAAUGGCAAUGAAGAAAUGCACUUCCCAACAGAAAGAGAAGUUAAGAUGUUGGGAGAAAGAAAUCUUGUAGACCCAUACCCUGUGGAUGGGGCUUUAUCUUUGCUUCUGAUUAGGUUAGCCACUGAUGAAGCUUCAUAUCCUUGUAUUGCUCAUUUUUGCAAUAGAACAGACUCUGUUUUAUAUCGUGUCCGAUUACUGCAAAGGACUCUGAAUGUCAAUCCAUUGAAUGGAGUGGAAUGGGUUAAAGGGUUGGGAGUGAUUCAUGAAAGUUUAAAUCAGAGAUGCCUCCCUCUCUGUGCUGAUCACAUUAGUGAUUUAUACAUGGGGAAAAUCAACCUUCAAGACUUGGACUGCACCUUAUCAUUGGAUAUGGACUGAAUGUAAUUCAUUUUACUUCUGAAAUUCCUUUCAUCCUCCAUGUUGAGAAGAUGGUACUAAUACAUCUUAGCCACCCCUCCUUUGUGUGGCUAUCCGGGUUGUAUACAAAUUAUUCAAUUCUAUGAAUGUUGGUGAGCCGAUGCCCAAAUCAAGGAAGCAAAAGGGGGUGUGAACAGACUCUCUUAAAGAGAAAGCAGGUGAUAGAGAGGUUUUAAGAGAAAAAGUUCCUACAUGAGCCUGCAUUAUUCUCCCUUAUUUUGUAGGAAGUUAGCCCAUUAAAAGAAUGAACAUGACAAGAUAACAUGGUUCACUCUUCUGGAAACCACUUGACAGAGACAGGGUGUACAAGCUCAUCUCAUGGAAAAUUUGUUAGUUUCAGGCAGCAUAGCUCCGGGAAGAUCUUUCUUAUAUUGUAUUCCCUAUAAUCUUUCUCUGCGGCCUUUUCUUCAUUCUGCUGUAGAUUCAAAUUUAUUAGUGUGUGCAGUAUAAAUCAGUGUAUUAGGAGAUGCAGAGGUUAAUACAUUUGGCACAAGUGAUUGCUUUGCAGUUGAGCUAUAUCCUUUGGUCCUUGAGGUUUAGAGUCAGUGUCUUUAUGGUUCUUGAAGUUUCAGAAGAUGUUUUUGUCUUUGAAGUUCAGAAAAAUGUUCAAAAUGGUCCUAGAGUUGAUUGUUAGAGAAGAUGGUGUGGCAGUACAGGAUCGAUUGAUGUGGCAUUUUUAUAAGUUGGCAUUCCACUUCUUCUCCCUCUCCUCUCACUUCCCUCGUCUCUCUUCAUUCACCUUGUAAUCUUCGGGCAACAAGACACACUGCCUUCAUAAUGUUGCUGUCGCGUGGUUGAAAUUUAAGAGGUGCCUAAUAUGCGGAAGGAUUGACUACAAGGGAUAGCCUUUGUAAGGAUUGACUACAAGGGAUACUCUUUGGAAGGAUUGAUUACAAGGGAUAGCCUUAGGAACUCAAACGAAAAGGAGGAAGUUAAAAGAUAAACCAAUUCUAGAGUUGAUUUUUCUUUCUGCCAGUAUACUCGACAAUCAAGAGCUUUUUACUCAACUCUUCUCUGGGAGGUUCAGUUUACAAGAUCGGUGUGGAAUUGUUUCUUUCAUGAGUUUGAUUGUGUUUGCUCGCCAGAGGGAUAUUCGUUUGAUGAUCGGGGAGUUCCUUCCCCAUCCGCCUUUCAAAGAGGCUGUUUUUUGUGGUUCAUGAGAGGUGUGUGUGUGUGGUUUUUUUUUUUUUGGAAAAGAAAACACCACUUUUUAUUGAUCAAAUGAAAAGAGACUAAUACUCGAAUUACAUGAAACUACUAAAAGAAAGAAUAGAGAUCAACAAAUGCACCUGACUAUCUCAACUAGGUUGAUACACCCAUAGAAUCUUCAUCAUACCCCAAAACGAACAUUUCGAAUAAAAUAGAAAACCAUGUGUUUAAAAAUACCAUUACAUGGAAGGAAUGAAAGCAUUCCAAUUAAGAUUAUCUUGAAUAGAAUAAUCCAAAAAAUUCUUGAAAAGUGAACACCAAGAAGAAGUUUUAACUCUUGCAAUCUCAUAACGGUUAAACCAUUGAAAAACUCGUGGGAGGUGUGCUUUUGUGGGAUCUUUGGGGGAGAAGAACAAUGGUGUUUCGAGGUGUCAAUAGGGACCUUUGUGAGGUUUGUCCUUAGUGAGGUUCCAUGCUUCUCUUUGGGCUUUGGUUUCGAAGACUUUUGGUAAUUAUUCACUUGGACAAUAUCUUACUUAGUUGGAAAUCCUUUCUCUAGUGGGGUUUUUUUGUGGGCUUGGUUUUUUUUUGUAUGCCCUUGUGUUCUUUCAUUUUUUUUCAAUGAAAGUAGUUGCCACCAACACGAAUGAUGAUGGCCCUUCAAAGAGAACUCUCCAACACUAAAGCUAGCCGUUUGUGACUUCUAUGUCCAACAAUUUGGUAUGCUUUCGAUGACUUGCGUUCAACCUUUUCUGAGUGCCUGUAUUCUGCAUUGCCUUGGUUUUCAAAUGUUCAUAUGUAGUAUUGGUCUCAUGAAAGCAGCUAUAAUUUAAAUUUGGUGUAGUUUGGUAAAUGAGUAUCCCUAGAGAAUACUGUGACGGUUUUGACCGCCCCCAUCUUCUCGAGGGGCUGAGAAAAGUAAUUGUCCAUAGUGGCAUUGCCUUGGAAGAUUCACUGUGGGAUAGAUAUCAUUCUUGUUGGUUAAGAUUUUAUUAGCAAAAAUUUUUAUCUCCAGAUUGGUAGGAAUUCAUUGUAAUAAUCUUAUCAGUCUCAGCUUGAAUGAUUUAA